CGCCUGAUCGGUCUGCACGAUCCAGCUCCAUCCAAUCCGUUCCCGCCGUCCCAAGGGAAACCUCCUUUGAUUGCUCCGGGCAAAAUUUCUUUCAAUCUGAAGAACUGAGUCAUGUGGAGAAACUCACUGAGUUUCUCAUCUAAACUCGUUUCUACAGCAAACCCGAGAAAUUACAAUUAUGCCGUCGGAUCCUCGCUCUUCCACUCUCAAUUCUACUCGGCAGCCGCCAGCACAACCUCCUUUGCUUCCGACUCCCUCAAGUCGGAUCCUAGUCGGGCACUCGGAUCUUCUUUUCUUAACACGACGUCGUUGUCUGCGUUUUCGGCGUCGAAACUGAAGGAUGCCGUCAAUUAUUACGGCCGCUGUUACUUUGAACUAUCCAAAGCUCGCCUGAGCCUGUUGGUGGUAGCUACUUCUGGAACUGGAUAUAUUCUUGGAAGUGGUAGUGCCAUUGAUUUCGCAGGACUUUGUUGCACAUGUGCUGGUACAAUGAUGGUUGCAGCGUCUGCCAACACAUUAAAUCAGGUUUAUGAAAUUAAUAAUGAUGCUCUAAUGAAGAGAACCAGGAACAGACCACUUCCUUCUGGUCGUCUUACAAUUCGUCAUGCUGUCACCUGGGCAUCUUGUGCUGGCAUUGCUGGCACUGCUUUGCUGGCUUGGAAGGCUAAUGUGUUGGCAGCUGGGCUUGCUGCUUCUAACCUUGUGCUUUAUGCAUUUGUAUACACUCCACUGAAACAAAUGCAUCCAAUAAAUACUUGGGUUGGAGCUAUUGUUGGUGCUAUUCCGCCUCUUCUUGGGUGGGCAGCUGCUGCUGGCGAGGUAUCACUCACCGCUAUGAUUCUCCCUGCUGCUUUAUAUUUUUGGCAAAUACCCCAUUUCAUGGCCUUGGCAUAUUUAUGCCGCAAAGACUAUGCAGAUGGAGGGUUUAAAAUGUUCUCUCUUGCUGACGCUUCUGGUCACAGAACCGCCAUGGUUGCUUUGAGGAACUGCUUGUAUCUGCUUCCACUUGGUUAUCUAGCCUAUGACUGGGGGAUAACUUCUGGCUGGUUCUGUCUAGAGGCAACAAUUCUUGCUCUAGCAAUCAGCGGUACUGCCAUGUCUUUCUGCAUUGAUCGCACCACCAAGAGUGCCAGGAGAAUGUUCCGUGCCAGCCUAUUGUAUCUCCCGGUGUUUAUGUCCGGGCUUCUGUUUCACAGGCUGCCAGAUAACAAACAGUACCAAACAGCACAAAAUUUACUAAGGUCUCUUGGUCUUUCAUCAUCCUCAGCAUUGCCGCUUGAUGGGACUGAACAGGUCAACGAGCAGCAUAACGUUCAAAGUAGAAAAACGGGUGCACGAGGACCACCAGUGGCGUAUGCUUCCGUUGCUCCAUUCCCUUUCUUACCAGCUCCGACUUACGUUACACAUUGAGAAUGAAUACAUAACGAGUCUGCACUCUUUUUUUUUUUUUUUUUUUUGAGGUACAGUUCAUGUUUGCUGCCUUCCAUUAUAUGGAAUUAAAAUAAUAAGUGAAAUAUUCUAGCACAAUAACUAAUUCUUGGUUAUUUACUUGAAGAGCUUAUAUGUGCU